AUGAGUUCCACAUAUUUGAUUCCAUACUUAUUUAUACUUGCGAUAUAUCUGUUCACCGCUUCAAAGAUUGGAAAGAAUGAGAGCCUAGAGGGAGUUCGCGCAUAUCCAAUUUGCAAUUUAAAUAAAACAACAAAAGUGAGAAAAGAAAUGCCAGUAGAAUUAAAAGACUUUGGAUGUUGUUCCAAGAACCAAUAUGACUAUGAUGACAUUCACUAUCCAGUACCAUUCAAUCAAUUGGUGUCCCAAAUUUCAACCCAUUAUGAGAAUUAUGGCAUUGCAAACUCUUCACUUCCCUACCUUCUUACCGGAGAUAUUCCAGAAUACCAUUUUCAGACCUCCGCAGUCCUAAUGAUCACAGGAGCCUCGGACAAUCAUGGAUAUGGCUCAUUUAAUUGCCUAUAUUCUAUGGUAUUAGCGGAUCCUUAUGCCUCUUACCUCUACAUUGAUUUAGGCUUGGCGCCUGAAUUACGAGAAAAACUAUUCGCACACUUCGAAACAAUUCAUCAAAUCCAGGUCAAAAUGAAAUCUACAGGUUUCCUGGCUUAUCGUAGAUUUAAUUGGAGUUCGUUUCCUGAGUGGAUGAAUUUAUUCAAAAACAAGGAUCAACGUGGAGGAUACUCUUGGAAAGUGAUUUCCUAUAUGGACGCAGCCUUUUCCUGGAAGGCAAUCACAUUCUGGAUAGACGGAGGAAGUCUGAUUCGAGAUGGAAUAAGUAGAGAGUUAACAAAUGUCCGUCUCGAGGGUAUUUACAGUCCUGCAUCUGGAGGUGGGGCAGCAGAACGAUGGACACAUAACGGAACCGUUGAAUUUCUAUUGUCAAACCGCUUUAUUGAUUCAUUCGACCCCAAUGGAAGAAUGGGAUGUGGAGGACAUUUAAUAACAGAUUGGCUGAAUAAAACAGUGGUUAACAGAGUGAUGAUUCCCUAUCAGCAAUGUGCUUACACCCAGAAGUGUAUUUCCCCAAGAGGCUCCAACAUGAGGAAUCAUAGGCAAGAUCAGGCUGUUCUUUCAGCACUAAUACACAACAUUGGUGUGAUAAAGUCGCUUAAUCCAGAAUAUCAAGCCCUACCUGCUUUACGUCAAGAAAGAGGAAACCAGGAAAAAGCAUGCAGAUUAAUACUCAACAACUACCUGAAAAGUCUACAAAACACUUAUCAGAUCAAAAUUACGAAUCGAUACUAUGACACAACUCAUAUCAAAUACACUCCCAUGUACUAUAAAUACGUCUCAAGACCAGUCGAUGAGGAUUGGAAACCAUUGAACUAA